AUGGCAACAUUGGCAUCCAAGCGCUUGCUCUCGAAGCUUUGCAGGGCCGGUAUUGUCGUGUCAAAGUUCUACGUUGUCGACCGUAAGGACCCGAUCGAUGCCUUCAUGUAUGGUCUUCGAUCCAAGGAAGAGUUACUCUUUGAGGCCGAUGUUGACCAUUGGCGAGACCUUGGGAGCCGUCUUGUUGACGGAGCUCCAGGUCGAUAUAACAUUGAGCUUUGGCUGAUCCUUCUGCGAGCCCAAGCUCUUCAGUAUGGCCACAAUGGCAUCAAGGCCAUAUGGGAAGGUCUCCGCAUGCGUGGUCCCAUGGUUCGGCUCGAUGAUGAUGAUCCACGAGUCAACUCCCUCUGGAAUGUUUUCGUCGCUGCCGGGUCGGCGGACGAACAGUUUCUGUGGAUCAUCAGCACCAGAGCCCGAGAAAGCAAAUUUGUUCGACCGGCAAUAUAUGCGGAGAUUGUGUCCGCCGCUUUGGAAAGUCAGUAUCCUACACGUGCUUUGAAAUUUUCGAAUUAUCAUCUUGACUCAUUCCGUGGCCGAGACGACCUGAUCGCCAUCUUUUCAGCCGCCAUAAAAUCAAAUCACCCCCGUGCACUUGAGGGAUUUUGCAAGAUAUACGACCGGGUUCCACGAUACGAUAUAUACUCAAGUAUCAUCCCCCUUUUGUGGGAACAGAAUCGGCCUUCCGAUGCAUUUUAUAUGCAUUUAUUUCUGUUAUCGAAAGGAGAUCUGCCUGAUCGCUUCGAACUGCUAGAACCGUUUAUUCACCAUCUCGCCUCCAACGAUCAAAGUGUAACUCCAUUUGUUACUGCUCUUACUUCCGCUGGUGCAUCAUUCGAAGCUCAAAUUCGCCAUUUCUGGGCUGCAGAAAAGAAUAUACACGCAGAGUAUCCUUCAAUAUCUCAAAAUCUUGUUGCGAGUAAACUCGCAAGACCUCCAAAUCAGAAACUGAGCGAUCACUUUGUCGCACGAGCAUUUGCGACACGGGCCUUCUCAUUCGAGUUUGCUGUAAACACUAUGCGGCUACUCGGCCUUGUGGAGAUUGGCCCUUUAGCAACACGCGAGGUGGUAAUUUGGAGUAGUGAUGCCAGCACGUUGCUAAGUCGAUUUCAACUCCUCCGCAAGGUCGGUGUUGAUAGUGGAGCUUCGACUUUUGUUCGAACAAUUCACAAUGCUAGCGAAGCCGGCCAGUGGGAGAUCGUGCAGUCCUUAGCCAAAUCUGAUCUCCACCAUGAGACAUUUGCUGACAGAGCUUUACAAGAACGGUUACUGACGCAAUACUACCACGAAAAGGACUGGUCACAAGUCAAUAGAACACUUGCUAUCAUAAACAUGGGGAAAUUUGGGCACAACGAAAAGGGACGAGCUGCCACCGCUCUUUUGCUGAUCAUGUUGAAGGCAGGCCACUUCCACGCUGCUACUCAACUUAUGUCCAGAAUGCGGCAACAGAACCAGAAUCUCGAUGGACGGACCACAUCGAAAGAGAUCGGACUUGCACUACGCCAAUGGUAUCAACGGUCAAACCAAGAAAUGGUCGCUGCCAAAUCCAGCAGCGAUCAACUGGCAUUGCUCAUUGGACUUUUGCAAGACCUGGUAGCGUCUGGACCAUACGUCUCACUGGAGACUUGGCGAGUUCCAUUGAUCGCGUUGGCAAAGGCCCAGCGUUUCAAAGCAUUCGAGUACUUAACCAUCUGGAUCGCAGAAUGGUAUCGACCAAAUGGUUUGCAUUCCCAGUAUUGGGAUAUUUCACCAUCAGGUCCAUCCAGCAAUUUAAAUAACCUCUUCACACCUACGUUUCAGAGAAUGCUUGUCAGCUGGUGUUUUCGGAUACCAAAAGGACGAAAUGCCCCCUCUGCUAAUCAUUGCAUGAGAUGGGCUCCGAUCUUGAAGAAACUGCAAGCAAAUUAUGGUCUUACAAUUAACGACGGUGAAAUCUGGUGGACCUAUGUCCGGCGUUUACGGAAGAUUUUCUCGAUAUCAUCUCAUUCCUUUAUUCGGCAUCAUAAUCGCCUCAUGAGAUCACGCAACCGGAUGGCCCUCUGGGAAUAUUGGCAUAUGUAUAAGACCAUGUGGGACUGCAGACUGAACAAGUCCGAAGUUGAUGGUAUUAGAGCGACAGUUCAGGGUUUAUAUUCGACGAAUCGAUCAGAACGGAAGUGGGAGACAACUCGGCGGCGUGGUCAGCCUAGCUUUCGCUUCGAAAGUACAGAUGACGCAGCUGCAGUAAGAGCUGCCUUGGUCGCUAAACGAAGAGGCACCAGGCAUGGGAAAGGUCAUAUUGAUAUGGAGGAUGAUGCACGAAGUACAGUCCCAUAUGGUAGAAUCAUCCGAACAUGA